AUGAGUCUCGCUCAGGACAGUCCUCUGGCUACAGUCAACAAGGAUCUAGCUCAGGUCACUCCUUUACCCAUGAGCAACAUGGUUCUACAUCAGGACAGUCAUCAAGCUGUGGCCAACAUGGAGCUAGCUCAGGUCAGUCUUCCAGCCACGGUCAGCAUGGCUCUGGCUCAAGUCAGUCUUCUGGCUAUGGCCGACAGGGCUCUGGAUCUGGCCAGUCUCCUAGUCGUGGCCGACAUGGGUCCGGUUCCGGGCACUCUUCUAGCUACGGCCAACAUGGGUCUGGCUCAGGUCGUUCUUCAAGUCAGUCUUCUGGCUAUGGCCGACAGGGCCUCUGGGAUCUGGCCAGUCUCUAGUCGUCCGCUCCAUGGCACUCUAUCUGAGUCUCCUAGUGCCGACAUGGGUCGUCGGGCUCCAGAGGCCAUGGGAAGUCUCAGUGUGGCCUCAGGUCAGUCUUCCAGCCACGGUCAGCAUGGCUCUGGCUCAAGUCAGUCUUCUGGCUAUGGCCGACAGGGCUCUGGAUCUGGCCAGUCUCCUAGUCGUGGCCGACAUGGGUCCGGCUCCGGGCACUCUUCUAGCUACGGCCAACAUGGGUCUGGCUCAGGUCUUCUUCAAGUCAGUCUUCUGGCUAUGGCGACAGGCUCUGGAUCUGGCCAGUCUCCUAGUCACGGCGACAUGGGUCCGGGCACUCUUCUAGCUACGGCCAACAUGGGUCUGGCUCAGGUCGUUCUUCCAGCCAUGGCCCAUAUGAGUCUGGUUCAGGUCACUCUUCUGGCUUUGGUCAACAUGAGUCUCGCUCAGGACAGUCCUCUGGCUACGGUCAACAAGGAUCUAGCUCGGGUCACUCCUUUACCCAUGGGCAACAUGGUUCUACAUCAGGACAGCCAUCAAGCUGUGGCCAAAAUGGAGCUAGCUCAGUCUCCUAGCCGUGGCCGACAUGGGUCUGGUUCAGGGCAGUCUUCCAGCUACGGCCAGCAUGGGUCAGGCUCAGGACAGUCCUCUGGUUAUAGUCAGCAUGGAAGUGGCUCAGGGCACGCCUCUAGCCAUGGACAACAUGGUUCCACAUCAGGACAGUCCUCAAGCUUCGGCCAGAAGGGAUCUAGCUCAGGGCAGUCUUCCAGCUACGGUCAGCAUGGCUCUGGCUCACAUCAGUCUUCCGGCCAUGGCCGACAUGGGUCUGGAUCUGGCAGGUCUCCUAGCCAGGGCCGAAAUGGGUCCAGUUCGGGGCACUACCCUGGCCACGGCCAACAAGGAUCUGGCUCAGGUUGUUCCUCCAGCCGUGGCCAUUAUGAGUCUGGCUCAGGCCAGUCUUCUGGCUUUGGGCAACAUGAGUCAGGCUCAGCACAGUCCUCUGGCUAUAGUCAGCAUGGUUCUGGCUCAGGUCACUCCUCUAGCCAGGGACGACAUGGAUCUACAUCAGGGCAUUCGUCAAGCUCUGGCCAACAUGGCUCUAGCUCAGGUCACUCUUCCAGCUAUGGUCAGCAUGAGUCUGGCUCCCAUCAGUAUUCGGGUCGCGGCAGACAUGGGUCUGGAUCUGGACAGUCUUCAGGCCGUGGCCGACGUGGGUCUGGGUCAGGGCAGUCUCCCAGCUACGGCCAACAUGGGUCUGGCUCAGGUCGUUCUUCCAGCCAUGGCUCAUAUGAGUCUGGUUCAGGUCACUCUUCUGGCUUAGGUCAACAUGAGUCUCGCUCAGGACAGUCCUCUGGCUACAGUCAACAUGGAUCUAGCUCGGGUCACUCCUUUACCCAUGAGCAACAUGGUUCUACAUCAGGACAGUCAUCAAGCUGUGGCCAACAUGGAGCUAGCUCAGGUCAGUCUUCCAGCCACGGUCAGCAUGGCUCUGGCUCAAGUCAGUCUUCUGGCUAUGGCCGACAGGGCUCUGGAUCUGGCCAGUCCCCUAGUCGUGGCCGACAUGGGUCCGGUUCCGGGCACUCUUCUAGCUACGGCCAACAUGGGUCUGGCUCAGGUCGUUCUUCCAGCCAUGGCUCAUAUGAGUCUGGUUCAGGUCACUCUUCUGGCUUAGGUCAACAUGAGUCUCGCUCAGGACAGUCCUCUGGCUACAGUCAACAUGGAUCUAGCUCGGGUCACUCCUUUACCCAUGAGCAACAUGGUUCUACAUCAGGACAGUCAUCAAGCUGUGGCCAACAUGGAGCUAGCUCAGGUCAGUCUUCCAGCCACGGUCAGCAUGGCUCUGGCUCAAGUCAGUCUUCUGGCUAUGGCCGACAGGGCUCUGGAUCUGGCCAGUCUCCUAGUCGUGGCCGACAUGGGUCCGGUUCCGGGCACUCUUCUAGCUACGGCCAACAUGGGGCUGGAUCUGGCCAGUCUCCUAGCCGUGGCCGACAUGGGUCUGGUUCAGGGCAGUCUUCCAGCUACGGCCAGCAUGGGUCAGGCUCAGGACCCUCUGGUUAUAGUCAGCAUGGAAGUGGCUCAGGGCACGCCUCUAGCCAUGGACAACAUGGUUCCACAUCAGGACAGUCCUCAAGCUUCAGCCAGAAGGGAUCUAGCUCAGGGCAGUCUUCCAGCUACGGUCAGCAUGGCUCUGGCUCACAUCAGUCUUCCGGCCAUGGCCGACAUGGGUCUGGAUCUGGCAGGUCUCCUAGCCAGGGCCGAAAUGGGUCCAGUUCGGGGCACUACCCUGGCCACGGCCAACAAGGAUCUGGCUCAGGUUGUUCCUCCAGCCGUGGCCAUUAUGAGUCUGGCUCAGGCCAGUCUUCUGGCUUUGGGCAACAUGAGUCAGGCUCAGCACAGUCCUCUGGCUAUAGUCAGCAUGGUUCUGGCUCAGGUCACUCCUCUAGCCAGGGACGACAUGGAUCUACAUCAGGGCAUUCGUCAAGCUCUGGCCAACAUGGCUCCAGCUCAGGGCAGUCUCCCAGCUACGGCCAACAUGGGUCUGGCUCAGGUCGUUCUUCAAGUCAGUCUUCUGGCUAUGGCCGACAGGGCUCUGGAUCUGGCCAGUCUCCUAGUCACGGCCGACAUGGGUCCGGUUCCGGGCACUCUUCUAGCUACGGCCAACAUGGGUCUGGCUCAGGUCGUUCUUCCAGCCAUGGCUCAUAUGAGUCUGGUUCAGGUCACUCUUCUGGCUUUGGUCAACAUGAGUCUCGCUCAGGACAGUCCUCUGGCUACAGUCAACAAGGAUCUAGCUCGGGUCACUCCUUUACCCAUGAGCAACAUGGUUCUACAUCAGGACAGUCAUCAAGCUGUGGCCAAAAUGGAGCUAGCUCAGGUCAGUCUUCCAGCCACGGUCAGCAUGGCUCUGGCUCAAGUCAGUCUUCUGGCUAUGGCCGACAGGGCUCUGGAUCUGGCCAGUCUCCGUCUCCUAGUCGCGGCCGACAUGGGUCCGGUUCCGGGCACUCUUCUAGCUACGGCCAACAUGGGUCUGGCUCAGGUCGUUCUUCCAGCCAUGGCCCAUAUGAGUCUGGUUCAGGUCACUCUCCUGGCUUUGGUCAACAUGAGUCCGGCUCAGGACAGUCCUCUGGAUACAGUCACCAUGGAAGUGGCUCAGGGCACUCCUCUAGCCAAGGACAGCAUGGUUCUACAUCACGACACUCAUUAAGCUUUGGCCAGGAGGGAUCUAGCACAGGCCAGUCUUCCAGCUACAGCCACCAGAGCUCUGGCUCCAGUCAGUCUUCUGGCUAUGGCCGACAUGGGGCUGGAUCUGGCCAGUCUCCUAGCCGUGGCCGACAUGGGUCUGGUUCAGGGCAGUCUUCCAGCUACGGCCAGCAUGGGUCAGGCUCAGGACAGUCCUCUGGUUAUAGUCAGCAUGGAAGUGGCUCAGGGCACGCCUCUAGCCAUGGACAACAUGGUUCCACAUCAGGACAGUCCUCAAGCUUCGGCCAGAAGGGAUCUAGCUCAGGGCAGUCUUCCAGCUACGGUCAGCAUGGCUCUGGCUCACAUCAGUCUUCCGGCCAUGGCCGACAUGGGUCUGGAUCUGGCAGGUCUCCUAGCCAGGGCCGAAAUGGGUCCAGUUCGGGGCACUACCCUGGCCACGGCCAACAAGGAUCUGGCUCAGGUUGUUCCUCCAGCCGUGGCCAUUAUGAGUCUGGCUCAGGCCAGUCUUCUGGCUUUGGGCAACAUGAGUCAGGCUCAGCACAGUCCUCUGGCUAUAGUCAGCAUGGUUCUGGCUCAGGUCACUCCUCUAGCCAGGGACGACAUGGAUCUACAUCAGGGCAUUCGUCAAGCUCUGGCCAACAUGGCUCUAGCUCAGGGCAGUCUCCCAGCUACGGCCAACAUGGGUCUGGCUCAGGUCGUUCAAGUCAGUCUUCUGGCUAUGGCCGACAGGGCUCUGGAUCUGGCCAGUCUCCUAGUCACGGCCGACAUGGGUCCGGUUCCGGGCACUCUUCUAGCUACGGCCAACAUGGGUCUGGCUCAGGUCGUUCUUCCAGCCAUGGCUCAUAUGAGUCUGGUUCAGGUCACUCUUCUGGCUUUGGUCAACAUGAGUCUCGCUCAGGACAGUCCUCUGGCUACAGUCCAGGAUCUAGCUCGGGUCACUCCUUUACCCAUGAGCAACAUGGUUCUACAUCAGGACAGUCAUCAAGCUGUGGCCAACAUGGAGCUAGCUCAGGUCAGUCUUCCAGCCACGGUCAGCAUGGCUCUGGCUCAAGUCAGUCUUCUGGCUAUGGCCGACAGGGCUCUGGAUCUGGCCAGUCCCUAUCUCCUAGUCGUGGCCGACAUGGGUCCGGUUCCGGGCACUCUUCUAGCUACGGCCAACAUGGGUCUGGCUCAGGUCGUUCUUCCAGCCAUGGCUCAUAUGAGUCUGGUUCAGGUCACUCUUCUGGCUUUGGUCAACAUGAGUCUCGCUCAGGACAGUCCUCUGGUUAUAGUCAGCAUGGAAGUGGCUCAGGGCACGCCUCUAGCCAUGGACAACAUGGUUCCACAUCAGGACAGUCCUCAAUUCGCCAGAAGGGAUCUAGCUCAGGGCAGUCUUCCAGCUACGGUCAGCAUGGCUCUGGCUCACAUCAGUCUUCCGGCCAUGGCCGACAUGGGUCUGGAUCUGGCAGGUCUCCUAGCCAGGGCCGAAAUGGGUCCAGUUCGGGGCACUACCCUGCAGGCCAACAAGGAUCUGGCUCAGGUUGUUCCUCCAGCCGUGGCCAUUAUGAGUCUGGCUCAGGCCAGUCUUCUGGCUUUGGGCAACAUGAGUCAGGCUCAGCACAGUCCUCUGGCUAUAGUCAGCAUGGUUCUGGCUCAGGUCACUCUUCCAGCUAUGGUCAACAUGGGUCUGGAUCUGGACAGUCUUCAGGCCGUGGCCGACGUGGGUCUGGGUCAGGGCAGUCUCCCAGCUACGGCCAACAUGGGUCUGGCUCAGGUCGUUCUUCAAGUCAGUCUUCUGGCUAUGGCCGACAGGGCUCUGGAUCUGGCAGCUCCUAGUCCGGCCGACAUGGGUCCGGUUCCGGGCACUCUUCUAGCUACGGCCAACAUGGGUCUGGCUCAGGUCGUUCUUCCAGCCAUGGCUCAUAUGAGUCUGGUUCAGGUCACUCUUCUGGCUUUGGUCAACAUGAGUCUCGCUCAGGACAGUCCUCUGGCUACAGUCAACAAGAUCUAGCUCGGUCACUCCUUACCCAUGAGCAACAUGGUUCUACAUCAGGACAGUCAUCAAGCUGUGGCCAACAUGGAGCUAGCUCAGGUCAGUCUUCCAGCCACGGUCAGCAUGGCUCUGGCUCAAGUCAGUCUUCUGGCUAUGGCCGACAGGGCUCUGGAUCUGGCCAGUCUCCUAGUCGUGGCCGACAUGGGUCCGGUUCCGGGCACUCUUCUAGCUACGGCCAACAUGGGUCUGGCUCAGGUCGUUCUUCCAGCCAUGGCUCAUAUGAGUCUGGUUCAGGUCACUCUUCUGGCCUAGGUCAACAUGAGUCUCGCUCAGGACAGUCCUCUGGCUACAGUCAACAAGGAUCUAGCUCGGGUCACUCCUUUACCCAUGAGCAACAUGGUUCUACAUCAGGACAGUCAUCAAGCUGUGGCCAACAUGGAGCUAGCUCAGGUCAGUCUUCCAGCCACGGUCAGCAUGGCUCUGGCUCAAGUCAGUCUUUUGGCUAUGGCCGACAGGGCUCUGGAUCUUGCCAGUCUCCUAGUCACGGCCGACAUGGGUCCAGUUCCGGGCACUCUUCUAGCUACGGCCAACAUGGGUCUGGCUCAGGUCGUUCUUCCAGCCGUGGCCCAUGUGAAUCUGGUUCAGGUCACUCUUCUGGCUUUGGUCAACAUGAGUCUGGCUCAGGACAGUCCUCUGGUUAUAGUCAGCAUGGAAGUGGCUCAGGGCACACCUCUAGCCAUGGACAACAUGGUUCCACAUCAGGACAGUCCUCAAGCUUCGGCCAGAAGGGAUCUAGCUCAGGGCAGUCUUCCAGCUACGGUCAGCAUGGCUCUGGCUCACAUCAGUCUUCCGGCCAUGGCCGACAUGGGUCUGGAUCUGGCAGGUCUCCUAGCCAGGGCCGAAAUGGGUCCAGUUCGGGGCACUACCCCGGCCACGGCCAACAAGGAUCUGGCUCAGGUUGUUCCUCCAGCCGUGGCCAUUAUGAGUCUGGCUCAGGCCAGUCUUCUGGCUUUGGGCAACAUGAGUCAGGCUCAGCACAGUCCUCUGGCUAUAGUCAGCAUGGUUCUGGCUCACAUCACUCCUCUAGCCAGGGACGACAUGGAUCUACAUCAGGGCAUUCGUCAAGCUCUGGCCAACAUGGCUCUAGCUCAGGUCAGUCUUCCAGCUAUGGUCAGCAUGAGUCUGGCUCCCAUCAUCAGUCUUCUGGCUAUGGCCGACAGGGCUCUGGAUCUGGCCAGUCUCCUAGUUGCAGCCGACAUGGGUCCGGUUCCGGGCACUCUUCUAGCUACGGCCAACAUGGGUCUGGCUCAGGUCGUUCUUCCAGCCAUGGCCCAUAUGAGUCUGGUUCAGGUCACUCUUCUGGCUUAGGUCAACAUGAGUCUGGCUCAGGACAGUCCGCUGGUUACAGUCAGCAUGGAAGUGGCUCAGGGCACUCCUCUAGCCAUGGACAGCAUGGUUCUACACCAGGACAGUCAUCAAACUUUGGUCCGGAGGGAUCUUGCACUGGCCAGUCUUCCAGCUAUGGCCACCAUGGCUCUGGCUCCAGUCAGUCUUCCGGCUAUGGCCGACACGUGGCUGGAUCUGGUCAGUCUCCUAGCCGCAGCCGACAUGUGCCUGGUUCAGGGCAGUCUUCUAGCUGUGGCCAAUAUGGGUCUGGCUCAGGACAGUCCUCUGGUUAUAGUCAGCAUGGAAGUGGCUCAGGGGCAGGUGGGUAUUCUUAUUGCAAAGGAGGAAGUAACUAUGAAGGUGAAAGUUCUUGCUCAGAUUUUCUCAGUUUUCAUAGUAGGACUUCACCCUAUGAAUAUAUCCAAAAGCAGAGGUGCUACUUUUAG